UUUAAAUAGUACAAAGUUUCUUAAAAAAAAAUUACUUAUUCGAUAUCUGCUGCUGCUUAUGGUUACUAACAAUUUACGUUGCGAUUUAUUUAAAAAUGAAAACGUUAACAUUGAUAAUAAAUUAAUAUAUCGAGCAUUUUUGCUGUCGCGUGGUCAAUCACGCGAGAUCUAUCGGUUCUUCGUUUCACUUAAAAUUAUAAAGGAAAUGAAUUAAGCGGUGAAAAGAUUAAGUUAGAAAUACGUAAAUUAACGAAUAUGGAAAGCUUUAAAUUAACAUCGCGAGAGUAGAUAAUUUUUUAAACGUUAAGCGACUAUUAAUCAUUGCUCGAUAGGCGAUAGAUAAUUUCCGUUACGUUGUUUGGCAUAUAUAAAUCUUCCCUCGGAAGAAACGUAUCGGUUCAUUCACCGAGUAGUGAGAUAAAGUGGCACGAUAAUGAAGUGCACUUUCGAUGAAUGUACGUUUUAACGAAGUGCCCGACGUUCCCGUUCCAUCUCCCAUAAUAUCGUUUGUAACUAACGAUUCAACGGUAUGUGGUUAUGAAGGGAAGAGGCUAAAAAGUUUAAAUAGCAGCGCGUGCGAAACAGUCUAUAAAUAUGGCGAGAAGUGGGAUGCGCAGUGGACACAUCCGGUACAAAUAGUUCCUCCGUCAGCGUGUUUCCUCGUAGCGUUAUCUCUUCAGGCGAUAAGUACGUUGUCACAGGCCUGCGAUUUGGAUCAGAUGCAAUAUGGAUGUCGUAUUUAUAAUGCGCAAUGCAGAUGCGGUUAUGGCUGUUCCUCCGAGUAUAGAUAUAAUAAUAACGAGGACUGCAAAGAAGCCCUAAGAGGUAAACGUAGCGACAUAUGCUAUAGAUUGAAGCCUUGCUUGAACGGAGGAUCUUGCUUGCAAAUAUCCUCGGAACCUGGAUUUAAAUGUCGCUGCGAGGGAACUGGUUAUUAUGGACCACAUUGCGAUAAACUUUGCCCAGGAUUAAGUCAGCUGCGCCUCCGAGGAUCGUUCCCCUAUGAAUGCGUUGUAAUCUAAUUUACAAGUUUAUUUUUUUACUAUCAUCUAUGCAAAAUCAAAUACACUCAGCAUGUUAAAUACAAAAAAAUAAACACGUUUUGCGAGAAUUUUCACAUCUUUGUACAUACAUAAUAAGUAUAUUGUAUAUAUCGUAAAAUUCCCAUUGAUCGCUAUUUGUAACUCUUCUCGUCUGUUGCAAAUUUUUGACACAGACGUAUGACAAAUGCUAGAAAUAAUAUUUAUAAACAAAACAUAAUUGUUUUUAAAAAAUUCCGAGAUUCAUAGGAAAAAGAUACAUUUGAUAUUUUUACUGUUUAUUCAUCAAUAAUUUUACAAUAUGUAUGCACAUGAUGUGUUGGAUCCAUGAGUUGUCAGACAAACGCAUAGUUUGUAUCGUGCUUGUGUUACGCACUUUGUUAUUAUUUACUCCUUUCACCUAUUCCUACAUAAUGACACGUGUGUACCUCGUUUGCUGUUUCUGAUGACAAAACUUAUAAAAUGCAAUUCUUUUACUCUUCGGAUAAGUACUUUUUUGUAAUUUUUUUGUUUGUUUUGUAUUAUAUAUCGACUGAAUCCGUAAUACUAGUUUGAUUUUACAACACGAGACUGCAUCAGGAACUUAACGACAUGUAUAUAUAUUUAUAUAUUAUAUAUUAUCUAGGACAAACAAUUGGCCAGUUGUUAA